UGAGGCAGUUGUAGCCAGCGCUCCAAGGUAACCGGUUCAGUUCGGAGUUUAGUACAGAGCAACCAACUACAGUCGCCAUGAGGGAAAUCGUGCAUCUGCAGGCCGGCCAGUGCGGCAACCAGAUCGGAGCCAAGUUCUGGGAAGUGAUCAGCGAUGAACAUGGAAUUGACCCAACCGGUACCUACCACGGGGACAGCGACCUGCAGCUGGAGAGAAUAAACGUCUAUUACAAUGAGGCGACAGGUGAGUGGGAGUGCCGGUUCUGCUCGGUGGGGGGGUGCUGGUCCAGCCGCAUUCCUGGCAUGCCUUACAUUCUAUUGCCUUUUGCAGGUGGCAAGUACGUCCCCCGCGCUGUGUUGGUCGAUCUUGAACCCGGAACCAUGGACUCCGUGCGCUCAGGGCCAUUUGGGCAGAUCUUUAGGCCUGACAACUUUGUGUUUGGUCAAAGCGGUGCUGGAAACAACUGGGCCAAGGGCCAUUACACAGAGGGAGCAGAACUGGUGGACUCAGUGUUGGACGUUGUGAGGAAAGAAGCAGAAAGCUGCGACUGUCUCCAGGGCUUCCAGCUGACCCACUCCCUGGGGGGCGGCACCGGCUCGGGCAUGGGCACCCUGCUCAUCAGCAAAAUCAGGGAAGAGUACCCCGACAGAAUCAUGAACACUUUCAGCGUGGUGCCCUCCCCCAAAGUAUCUGACACAGUAGUAGAGCCGUACAACGCCACCCUGUCAGUGCAUCAGCUGGUAGAGAACACAGACGAGACCUACUGUAUAGAUAACGAGGCCCUGUACGACAUCUGCUUCAGAACCCUCAAACUCACCACCCCCACCUACGGGGACCUGAACCACUUGGUCUCCGCCACCAUGAGUGGGGUAACCACCUGCCUGCGGUUCCCUGGGCAGCUGAACGCCGACCUGCGCAAACUGGCCGUCAACAUGGUGCCUUUCCCCCGUCUGCACUUCUUCAUGCCCGGCUUUGCCCCCCUCACCAGCAGAGGCAGCCAGCAAUACCGCGCCUUAACCGUGCCAGAGCUCACCCAGCAGAUGUUCGACGCCAAGAACAUGAUGGCCGCCUGCGACCCCCGUCACGGCCGCUACCUGACCGUGGCUGCCGUCUUCCGAGGCCGCAUGUCCAUGAAGGAGGUGGACGAGCAGAUGCUGAACGUGCAGAACAAGAACAGCAGCUACUUCGUCGAAUGGAUCCCCAACAACGUGAAGACCGCCGUCUGCGACAUCCCGCCCCGAGGCCUCAAAAUGUCCGCCACCUUCAUCGGCAACAGCACGGCCAUCCAGGAGCUGUUCAAGCGCAUCUCCGAGCAGUUCACCGCCAUGUUCCGCCGAAAGGCCUUCCUGCACUGGUACACGGGCGAGGGCAUGGACGAGAUGGAGUUCACCGAGGCCGAGAGCAACAUGAACGACCUGGUGUCAGAGUACCAGCAGUACCAGGAUGCCACGGCCGAGGAGGAGGGCGAGUUUGAGGAAGGGGAAGAGGAGGAAAAUGCAUAAGCUUCUGAUCUCUACUGUAAAUUAUUCAACUGUUUCUGCUCACGUUCGUUCCUUUAUUUGUUUCCUGCAUUUCCUUCUCUCUCCGGUUUCAUUGUUACCAGUUGUACAGAACGUUCCGUUCAUUAAAAGCAUUUUUCGUACA